AUGUACAGGCUGGCAAACGGGAAAGUCCUCCUUCGCAUGAUUCUUUUCCUGGUCUGUACACAUAUAACCAUUCUCGUAAGUUCCCAGGGAUGCUACAGUAAAAGCAACUGUAGCGCCACCCCGUUAACCGAAGCCACCUUGCCCAAUGGAGUGAACAUAUGGAGACGAUCAUACUACUUUGUAAAGCAAAAAAGAUGCCCAAAAAAUAGGAUAAAAAAGAUAAGCAACAAAUUGUACGAGUCAAACACGCAGAGACCAGAAAGGAAGAUCGAUUGUUACGAAUUAAACAUAAGAAAUGAUAAGAAAUUUGAAAAAUAUGCAAAAAAACCAGCCAGUCCAAUGUCCAACCUGUUUUAUUUUUCUCCUUUUAAAAAUAUCAUAAGCAGUUUUGAACCCGUCGAUAUGGACAUCAAAAAGAAGUUAAGGGAAGAAGGGUUUCAAUAUGAAAAUGAGAAAUCGGAUUCAAAUAUUUUUCCAUCCUUAGAUGAAAUAAUAAGAGACGGAGAUCCCUCCACUAAUAUGCAUUUCUACAGAAGGAAAAGGUUAAAGAGCUUACUUUAUAGGGACCCUAACAGAUUUGUUAACGCUAGGAAGUUCAUCGAGAAUUACAAUAAAAGGGCUCCACCAGAUAAGCAGAUAAAUUAUGACUUAUUCAAGUGCGACAUGUUUUAUGUGCACUCGGAUGGAACUAUAAUGAAUAUCGAGGAGAACAGACCCCCGUACGACAAGAAGCUGGAGGAGAGCGAGCGAGAUAAGGAACCCAGAUUCGUCAUCAUGGCAGCGGUGAGCGGGAAGAGAAACGAAAAUGUGCACGAUUGUGCAAAACCCGGACAUGCCAAGGAACGUAACUUAAAGGUUGGCGACAAAUUCCCGGUGAUCAACGAAGAGCAGAAGAAGGUCCUGUUCGACAACCACUUCGCAAAGCCCAAAAAAAUUAGGGACCCUCUGGUCCUACCGGAUGGACGCAAAAUUCCUUGA